AUGGAAUCAGCCGUGUCUACCACCGACCGUCAACAUGUUGACUGCUAUAGGAGAAAGAACACCCUGAUGCUGGCCACGCUCAUGGCGAGCGCGACGUAUGCAGUGGGGUUCAACCCUCCAGGUGGUGUCUGGCAGGACAUGGCCGGACACCUCCCCGGCGACCCAAUCAUGCGCUCCACCCACUACCGCCGGUACCUUGUGUUCUUCUACUUCAACGCCGCCGCAUUCACAUUGUCGCUAAUGGUGGUUGUCCUCACCCUGAUUCUCAACGCCCGCCUCAAGAAAAGCGGGCGUAGGUUCGACCUGCCGCUGCAGCUUCUCAUGGGGACGGCCGCGUUGGCUUUCAUCGCGGCCUAUGGUACCGGGGCUUGCUGGGACAAAUUCAGGGUCGUUGUCUUCUUCGUAUUUCUGGCCAUUCUCGUGCUCAACGUCAUGUUGCAGUCUUUGAUGUUCGGGCUAUGGGGUGAUGAUGAGGAGGACGAGAUUGAAAAGAAUCUCGGCAAGCUUAUGGCGCCGCUAUCAAUGUUCGCGCUGACCAUCUCCUACAUGGGCGGGCUGAGCACGCCGGGUGGCUUCUGGGACAGCGCCGAGGGCGGCCACCGCCCAGGCGACGCCAUUCUGCGCAGCAAACUCCUGCACCUGUUCUUCUACUUCAACACCGGGCAAUUUGCUUCCUCCCUGUUCGGCGUCUUCCUCCUUAUGUGCAGCGGACUACAAGUUAGGUUUGUGGCUUCCUUCAUGAAGAUGUCGCUGCUUUACCUCAUGGUGGCGUACACCGUCGGCAGCAGCAGGGGCCGCCACACGUCCAUCACUAUGAUCUGCAGCUUAUUUGCGGCCGUCGGGGGCUACGUCAUAUUAUAUGUGGCUAUUCGUGGGCGCUUCUCUGGCUUGUUUGAGAAACUUGGCGGGCGCUUCUCUUGUUUGUUUGAGAAAGCUCAAGGUAAUGAAGGCACCGGCAGCACAAGUACAAAUGAUGGCACCGCCGGCAGCAGAGAUGAUUUGAAGGCCGUCGCAGAAAGGCAACGUCGUCGGGCAUCCUCUCUCGUGCAACUGCUCGCUGGCCUUGCGGUAUCCGUCACUUACCAAGCCGGGAUGUAUCCGCCCGGGGGCGUCUGGCAGGACGGCCACAAGGCCGGUGACCCGAUCCUCCUCACGACCAACCCCACGAGGUACAAAGCUUUCUUCUACUGCAAUUCGGUUGCCUUCGUUGCCUCGUUGCUUGCCAUCUUGCUUGGCCAGAAAAGCUACCUGAGUGAGCACCACGCACUGCAAGCGACCAUGAUACUGGACUUGCUCAGCCUCGUGGUUGCUUAUGCAAUCGGGAGCUGCCGGGACCAGAUCUCCUCCAUGUAUGCCGUGGGCAUCGCUGGUGCCGCGGUGGUCUACGUGGUCGUCCACGUUCAGUAUUUCACGCUGGGGCUGGGCAGCGCGGACAAAGAUGAUGACGAUGCUGCGACCAGUGCGAUGGUGGACAAGGGAGGGCGGUUCAUCCUGUUCGCAAUUCUGGUGGCCAGCAUCACCUACCAGGCCGGCUUGACCCCGCCCGGUGGCUUCUUGCUCCAGGACGACCAGUGCGGGCAUCGCGUUGGCGACCCGGUUCUCCUGUGCAACAAUCCACUCCGCUACAAGGUCUUCUUCUACUGCAACUCGGUGAGCUUCAUGAUGUCCACCGUCCUCCUCUUGCUCCUCGUCAACCCCAAUAUGUACAGGCCAGCCAUACGAAGCCAUGCCUUAUCUCUCUGCUCCGGUGUGAGCUUCGUCUGUCUCGUUGGUGCCUUUGCUGCCGGAAGCACGCAACAUCUGAAAACAUCCAUCUCCAUCGUUGUGUUGGCGGCUGCGACCUUCCUCUUAUGCCUACCCAUCCUGCUCACCGUAUACUGCUGUUUGCCGUCCCGGACCGGCCGGCUGGUGACGGACAAUGCUCUGAAAACGGCGGGGAAGCCAGGCGACAACAAGCCGGUAUAUCUGAUGACUCUAGCAAUCCUAGUGGGGAGUGCCGCCUACCAAGCUGGCCUAGAUCCGCCGGGUGGAUCCUGGCAGAGUACAGGCGACGGGCACGACGCAGGCCACCCAGCAAUGCAUGACAACAGGAGGAACCGCUACCUCGCCUUCCUCUACGGCAACGCUACCUCUUUCGUGGCCUCCAUCUAUCUCAUCGAGCUGCUGCUGUUCAGCAGGUCGUUCCCGAAUUGCAUCUGGUUGAAAAAGGCGAUAGAACCCACGGUUGUGGCGCAGUAUGUUGGAUUCCUAGUGGCCUACGCAGCCGGAUCAAGCAGGCACUGGAAGACGUCGGCGCACAUCGGGACACUGGUCGCCGCCGUCCUGGCAUAUGUAACCGCCCAUGUAGUACUGUCGGACUGCAGAAGGAAAAGCCGGAGAAAGUCCAGCGAAAAUUCUCUUCAGCGGUGUGCUCAAGGUUAA